GUCACGUGACAAGCUGACGUUCACCGUCGGAGCAGGAAGUAACACAAACGACAACAAAAGCAGGUGUAGUGAGCGAUCAUACGAACUGCCUUUGCACCGGUACAGCCGUUCAUUGAAAUCAUAAUGGAGACUCGCUUCACCAGAGGCAAGUCUGCCAUUUUGGAGCGGCCCCUGAGCCGGGCCAAGACCGAGGUGAGCGUGAGCGCCUUCGCCCUGCUCUUCUCGGAGGUGGUGCAGUACUGCCAGAGCCGAGUGUACUCGGUGUCCGAGCUGCAGGCUCGUCUGUCCGACCUGGGUCAGCGGGUCGGAGGCAGCCUGCUGGACGUGCUGGUGCUAAGAGAGAAGAACGGCAAGAGAGAGACCAAAGUCCUGAACAUACUGCUUUUCAUCAAGGUUUCUGUGUGGAGAGCCUUGUUCGGCAAGGAGGCAGACAAGCUGGAGCAGGCCAACGACGACGACAAGACCUACUACAUCAUCGAAAAGGAGCCCCUCGUCAACACGUACAUCUCUGUUCCUAAAGAGAACAGCACCUUGAACUGUGCAGCCUUCACCGGAGGGAUCGUAGAGGCCAUCCUCAACCACAGUGGCUUCCCCGCCAAGGUCACCGUCCACUGGCACAAGGGCACCACGCUCAUGAUCAAGUUUGACGAGGCGGUGAUCACCAGAGACAAGGCACUGGAGAGCAGAUAGGGGAGAGAUUGGAUGAGAGAUUGAGUGGGUGGAGGUAUGAUGUUAAUUUAAGUGCUGGAGUGUCUCGACCGCUGCAGACAGUGUUCAUUCAAGAGAACUUAAUCUGGAUGCAGAAAGAAAGGGAGAGUAGGGCUGCAGUUAACAGUUCUUUGGAUUACUGAUUAAUGUUCAGAAAUUUUUCUUGAUUAAUCGAUUGUUUGGUAUAUAAAAUGUCAGAAAACAGGGAAAAAUGUCCGUUACCAUUCAUAUCAUUACAUAUUCGGAUUGCUUGUUUUGUCCGAUCCACAGCCUGAAACCCAAAGCUAUUCAGUUUACUUUCAUAGACAUAAAAUAAACAGCAAAUCUUCAUAUUCAACAGGCUGGAACCAGUUGUCUUUUUUCUUUUUUGCUUUAAAAAUGUGUUAAUCAUCUAUCAAAAUUGUUGUCAAUUACCUUCCUAUUGCUCAACUGGUCGACUGACACUCAGCUAAUCGUUUCAGCACUAAAGGAAAGUAUACUGUAUACUGCUUUGAACGUAUCUGUUACUAAGACAUAUUUAUUGAUUAUUGAUUUCACUCCUUUGCAGUGAAAAGUAGGACUUUGCUAGACAAAUUCAGAAUGUAAACAUUACACCAAAAAGUCUAUUUAUUAAUCUGAUUAACAGCUGGUUAAUCUUGUGCUGCAUAUGAGGUUUUUGGGUGUUUUUUUGUUUUUUGUUUUUUUUUACAUCAUAUUAAGGGGAAACCGAACAAUUUCCAAGCUAAACAGCUGAUGGGAAAUUUUCCAUUUCCUCAUAUCAUCAUAUUAGUCAGAUAAAAGGCCUGAUGGGAUAAUAGUUGUAUCCUUCACAGACUGUCUGUACAUGUCUGUGUUAUGGGAUCAACACAAAACUGUAACACAGUCUAACAGGGAUGUGUUCAAAAGGUGGAGCUGCUUUACUCGUGUCACAUGUUAAGCCUGCAAUUUAAGCAUUAUUGGUGGCAUGUAUGUUUAUGCAAAAUAAUGUCUAUACCUGUAUUUUGUUCUGAUAAAACGUAAAUAAACACA